GACACGCAUCCACCGGUCAAACGGCUGUUUUUUUUUUCAAGUGUAUGUCCCCACCCCGUCGCCGGUUCGCCCCAGCUGCUGGCGGUGCUGGUUUAUGUUCGGCCGUCUGCUUGCUAACGUGUCACAGAGGGCGCCGAGCUUGUUGAGCCGAGUGUUGCUGACAAUGAAGCCGCAGGUCGUGUUCGUGUUGGGCGGGCCUGGAGCCGGCAAGGGGACCCAGUGCUCCAAAAUCGUGGAGAACUACAACUACACCCACCUGUCAGCCGGGGAUUUACUCAGGGCCGAGCGAGCCAGAGAGGGUUCCGACGUCGGGCAGCUCAUCGCCAACUACAUCAAAGACGGCAAAAUUGUCCCGGUGGAGAUCACCAUCGGCUUGCUGAAGAAGGCGAUGGAGGAAACGAUGGAGAAGGAUGAGAAGAUGUGCAGUUUCCUUAUAGACGGUUUCCCUCGCAACGAGGACAACCUCGCCGGCUGGAACCGGGUCAUGGACGGCAAGGCGGACGUCAAAUUUGUGCUCUUCUUUGACUGCAACAACGAGAUUUGCAUCACCAGGUGUUUAGAAAGAGGAAGGAGCAGCGGGCGCACAGACGACAACAGAGAAAGCCUGGAGAAAAGAAUCCAAACCUAUCAGCAGUCCACACGACCAAUCAUUGACCUGUAUGAGACGCAAGGCAAGGUGCGCACCGUGGACGCCUCCCGCUCUGUGGACCAGGUGUUUGCGGACGUUAAAGCCAUCCUAGACAAAGAAGGCUGAGUUUCUUCACCUGCCAACACUCAUUUACAUUUUUAGUUGACUUUUUACCAACUGCGAUUACAUUAUAAUAAGUUUAUAUGUCGGUUCAUAUGGAUUUUUAUGUUUUGAUUUUCACGUCUUUUUGUAAAUGAAGCACUGUUUCCAUUACGUCACGAUUAUGGACGGGUUUUAGAGAAGCCUAGAAGCUACUUGUAAUCAAUCAGUUCGUCUUGUGUUAUCACAGUCUGAGGCCUUUGCAUUAAAGCGGACUGUCCCACCAGCCCGGAGCAACACUCCUCAUGUCCAUCACAGACCGCCACAGCCGUGGAAGCCUUUAAAAUGGUGUUCUUCACGGUUGUUUUCAGAGGAUCAUGACGCGAGAAGCAGCUGUCCUGCUUCAGACCAAAAGAGAGGCUUGACCUGGUGAAAGACAUGGAGUUGGGUAUUUACUCAGUAGCUAACCGUCUGUCGUUGAAAUAAAGUAGAUACGCACUGGUUUCAUGUUUAAUGUGCGCAGCAACAGUGGAUUUUUGAUUUUGUUUCUGUCACAUAAAGAGUUUGAUGUGUUUGGUUGAGUGAAGAAAAUCCGACACAUCGGUGUGCUUCGUCACAAGUUCGACUUUUUAGGCAGAAAAAAAAAAAAGAAAUUUAAAAUGAAGACUGUGUGAAACGUGUACCGUUUCUAUAGGAAUGAUCUUAAAUAUGAUAAAAUAAAAACAAUACAUUCUUCUCUUGA